GAUAAAAUUGAUCAAGUUGGUAAGCCUGUAAUAUAUAAGCGCGAAUUAGUAUGGCGAAAUAUAAUUCUGAUGGCAUUAUUACAUUCAUCGGCGGUCUAUGGCCUGUAUUUGGCUGUAUAUGCGGCUCAGUUCAAGACUAUUAUGUUUAUGAACUUCAUUGCUGUUGUCUCUUCAUUAGGCAUUCAAUGUGGCGCUCAUAGACUUUGGUGUCACCGCACAUAUAAAGCCAAACUCCCGCUUCAGAUAAUACUAAUAAUAUUGCAAACAAUGGCCCUUCAAAAUGAUAUCUAUGAGUGGAGUCGUGACCAUCGGUUGCACCACAAACACAGCGACACCGACGCCGACCCACACAACUCCCGGCGCGGGUUCUUCUUCUCACACGUCGGUUGGCUUUUGUGUAAAAAACAUCCGGAA